AUGUCGGAGCAAACUCAAGAACCCCUCGUCGAUACAAGUUCCGUUGUAAGACCAGCACAACACGAACGUCAAAAGAGUUUAGAGAAGUUGUAUGCCGACAGGCCGACGGCUCAUGAGUUGAAGGAGAGACAUAUUUUGUUGGAUACAGAUGCUGCACCUGGUAUUCAAAGUGCUCAACAUGCACUCGAACAACAAAGAAUUUCGGAUAGUUUGAAGAAGAACUUGGAACAUCGUCCUACCAAAGAGGAUUUGGUUGAACGUAAUAUCCUCUCCUCCACAAACGCCGCUCCAGGUAUCCAAGCACAACAAAAAGAAUUGGAGAAACACAUGCGUGCGGAUAGUUUGAACGAAAAAUUAAGUCAUCGUCCGCAACCGGAAGAAUUGGUAAACAAGGGUGUUUUGAAGGAGGAUCCUACGAGUCCGAUUGAAGGCAGUAAUGAGAGUGCCGAGAAGAGAUACGAGGAAGCUAUCGAGGAGGAAUAUGCUAAGAGAGAAGGAGGUGCAUAG